CCAACGAAAAUAAAGUGGUCCUCGUUUAAAACUGGAACCUCCGUGUUUGUUAUUUUGUACUUUUAUACAGUAUAGGCCACAUAUAUAAACCCUCGGUUACAAUACGUUUGGAAAUCUCGGUUUUUGUUCAGAACCGGUUCAGUAGAUACAUUUUCUUGGAAACGCUUGCCAUUUUUUUUCAAACGGUCCCCUUGUCGAUUCUUCCGGGUGGUGAUGACGUCAUUACGCAACGUGGGCGUAUUUGACGUCCGCUAGCAAAAUGGCGGCAUUUUUCAAGAAAAUAUUUAAUAGUUAUAAGGCUGCUAUUUCAUCAGUGGGUCAUACGAGCGAUAUGCUGACACAUUUGAACAUACAGCAUUAAAAUAUUAUAAAAGAAAGCCGCGUUUUAAACCGCUCCAAUUUAAUCCCAGCAGCAGGAAGGCGAGCACGUCAUCUGAAUACAACAGAGCAGCAUGACGUGGGACAGAUCCUGACCGGCUCCGAGGUCAUUCGUUGGCGCACCACUAGAUGGAGCCGACGUACCUGACUGGCUCCGAGGUAUUUAGGCUCAGCACUCUGAAGUUCCACCUCACGGGACUUGGACUCCUUCAUACUGCCUAGAAAUCGGGAGAAAAAUUCAAAUAGCUGUCCAUGGCUCCCAUUGUCCUGCUCAAGAGUUUGGAAUUUUCGCAGACACAAUCAUUCCUCCUCUUCUUCUGGGAGCUUGGAGCCAUUUCUGGGGAAGACAACAGUUGUCCUAUCGAUCAGCUUGCGUGCACGCCUGACCUGGCACGGUCAUAAAAAAAGAUAACAGGAAGAAAUGCUUUCAUGAGUGGCAUGACGCUGACGUCAUUUGGGAAUGUGGACUCCAUUGUGCGAAAUAACUGAACCGAGGAAAGACUUUGGGAGACGUCAGAUUUGCAGAAAAUGCUGCGUUGUCUGUGCGGUUGCUGCCUUUCCAAGGAAAACGAGAGGCAGCCUCUCCUGCAGACCCGCCCACCUCAGCCAAAUGGAGCCGAAUCUGCCAGGAAAACAAGAGCAGUAACCUCUGAGCCACAGGCCGCCAAGCAGACAGGCAGACUGGUAAUGAGGCGGGUCUGCGUGCCAGACCUGGAUCUGAGGUUUUCUGAUUUGGCCGAGACCUUCAACGAGCUGCAAGGACGCUACGAGUCCAUGAUUGGACACAUCGGAAACCUGCAGAAGAAUUGCGGCUGCACUUUGAACGAUGUGAACAUAUCCCACUGUGUGGGGAAGAUAUGUGAAGAACACAGGGACAAAUACACCGUCUCCUUGACGAUGAAGGGCUAUGACUUUUACCUUUCUGCGGCGUCCCGAGGGGGAAAUAACGAGCUCUCCGUGUCUCGAGCCGUGCGAUCAGCUCAAGUGGAGGUGAAGUGCCUCUCCGAGAACACCAAGGCCGCCAUAUCCAAGGGUACGACUCUUCAGGAGAUGAUUGGCUGGCUGCUCCGAAGCAAGGUACAGAUGGCCGAGCAGGUGAAGAAGGUGGCGGGGACUUACCAGGAGCAAGGAAGACUCAUGGAGAAUCUGGAGGAGAACAUGAAGGAAGUGAGUAGGGCGAAGGAGUUGUCGUUGAAAUACAGACAGCAUGCUGGAGAGGUCCUCUCCCAGGCAGCUCACAUUGCAGGCGCUCCAUUAUAACUCCUCUGGCACUAACUAGUAAGGUACAAAAAAUGCAUUUAUUUACUUUAUAUAUGUCAAAACAUUGAUUUGUAGGAUUGCAUCAUGUUUGUUAAAUAAAUACUUUCGAACUCAAGUAUUAAUACAUACAAUACAUUUACAAUACAUUUGUUGAUCAUUUUCCUGUUGUUUUUGCACUUUCUUGAGUCAACACUAGAGGGUAGUAGACCUGCAUUGACAAUAGAGUCAAGUAAAAUGUAUAGUACUGUAAUAAUAAGGGUUAUUUUUGGUCGGUGUACCUACCGUUCAUUCUAUUUCCAAUUCUUAAACGCAAAUCAAAAAACACAUUCAGGGCCGUUUUUCGAUUUUUAUUAUACAUGGCAGAUUUUUUAAAAACAAACAAAAAAAGGGUUGAUUUUCAUUAAAAUAUUGCCAUAAAAUUGGAUUUUGUGCUGUUUUCCUUUUAUGGAUUUUUAUUUUUCCAGAUAAAAAUGCGUGGUUAUGUUUGAUGACAAAUUGAACCGGAAGCAGUAUUUUAGCUUUUCCUUCGCGUUUAGCAUGUUUUUAGAAGAACGGUAACAUAUGUGUUCAGCAGGAGUCGUUUUAGUGUCAUUAAAUAGUUGUCCAACUUUUGUUUCAGAAAUGGAAAUAGAAAAAAUGGCCCGAAAUUGGUUUUUGAUUUGCAUUUUAGAAUUGGAAUUAGAAUGAACGCGGAC